GCCUCGGCGUCCGCGUCGCUCGGCGGCGGCUUGGGAGCUGCGGGCGCGGCCGUUGUCCCGGCAACGCGCGGCGGCCCUGCGGCUCGGGCGGAGGUUCUGACCCUGACAAAGUCAGUUUUCAUCAUGGCCCUCUACUUUGAUCACCGAAUAGAAGCCCCUGACUCGGCAGGGUCGCCUUCCCACUUCAGUUGGCACCCCGUCCACCCAUUCCUGGCGGUGGCCUCUGUUAGCACCACCUUGGUGGGCAGCGUGGAUAUAUACCUGGAACAGGGUGAGCGCGUGCCCGAUACACAUAUCGAGAGGUCGUUCCGAGCUACGUCCCUGUGCUGGCAGCCGGUGCGGCUGAUUCUGGCCGUCGGCUGGGAGGCUGGAGAAGUGACGGUGUUUAACAAGCAGGACAAGGAGCAGCACACGGUGCCCCCAACCCACACCACUGACAUCACCGUCCUCAGCUGGAGCACCAACGGAAACUGCCUCGUGUCUGGAGACAGGCUUGGUGUCCUGCUGCUGUGGAGGAUGGACCAGAGGGGCCGGGUGCAGGGGACACCCUUGCUGAGACACGAGUAUGGACAGCACUUAACUCAUUGCAUCUUCCGGCUCCCUCCCCCCGGCGAGGACCUUGUGCAGCUGGCAAAGGCAGCGGUGAGUGGCGAUGAGAAAGCGCUGGACAUGUUUAACUGGAGGAAGAGCGGCUUUGGAAGUUUCCUGAAAAUGGGAUCUCAGGAGGGGCAAUCUCUCUUUGUCAGUUUGAUGGACGGCUCGGUGCACUAUGUGGACGAGCAAGGCCAGACGGCUUGGGCGGCGGCCACAGAGGGCCCCAUCCACACGCUGCUCUACGUGGAGAAGCAGGAGGCGCUGGUGGUCGUGACAGAGAACCUCCUCCUGUCCCUGUUCACGCUGACCCCCGAGGGCAGGGCCCAGGAAGUCCUGAAGGUAAAGUUGAGUGGGAAAACAGGUCGCCGGGCGGACGUGGCUUUGAUCGAAGGCAGCCUCCUGGUGAUGGCCCUCGGGGAGGCGGCGCUCAGAUUUUGGGAUUUAGAACGAGGUGAAAAUUACGUCCUGAGUCCAGAGGAGAAGUUUGGUUUUGAAAAAGGAGAGAAUAUAAACUGUGUUUCUUACUGUAAAGUCAAAGGUCUCCUGGCAGCAGGGACCGACAAGGGGCGAGUGGCCAUGUGGAAGAGGACGCCGGGUCCCCGGAGUGGCCCAGGGCCGGAGGGCAGAGACAGCUGGGCGCCCCAGAGCCCCACGGAGCUGGAAGGGAACAUCACACAGAUCCAGUGGGGCUCCCGGAAGCACCUGCUGGCGGUGAACAUCGUCAGCUCCGUGGUGAUCCUCGGCGCGCAGACCAUGGCGGCGCACUUCCACCAGCAGGCGGUGGCCGUGCAGGUCUCGCCGAGCGUGCUGCACGUGACCUUCCAGCCCACAGGCACGACCUACAGCCUGCACGUGGACAUGCACAUCAGUGGGGCCUUCGUCACCAAGGAGGCCAUUGCCGUCUGGAACGGAAAGCAGGUGAUGAUCUUUGAGCCUUCUGGAGCUACCCUACGGAACGCAGGCUCCUUCCUGUGCGAGUCUCCGGUGUUGGCGAUGCACGAAGACAGCGUGUACACCGUGGAGCUAAACCGCGUCCAAGUUCGCACCUGGCAGGGAACCGUCAAGCAGCUCCUCCUGUUCGCCGAGCCCGAGGGGAGCCCAUGCUGCCUGGACGUCUGCGGAAACUUCCUGGUCGUAGGGACAGACUCAGCUCACUUCAAAAGCUUUGAUCUUUCCCGAAGAGAAGCCAAGGUGCACUGUGACUGCAAGGACCUGGCCCGGCUGCUGCCCGGCGCCGGGCCCAUCGCGUCCGUGAGGUGCAACGCCAGCGGGAGCAAGAUCAGCUUCCUGCUCCACAAGGCCGACAACAGCCCCGACUCCAGAAUCUGCUUCUACGAUGUUGACAUGGACACAGUGACCACCUUCGACUUCAAGACUGGACGGACGGAUCACACGGAGGCCUUGUCGUUCAAUGGGCAGGAGCCCAAGAGGAGCCUCGCCUUCACGGAUGGGACACUCGCACGCCACGUUCCCGUGAGCCACUUCUGGGGCCAGAGUGAGCCGAGGCUUUUCGUGUGCGAAGCCGCCCUGGAGGCGCCCAGGCCCCAGCCGCCGUCCGCGGAGAAGCAGCCCCCGGUGGAGGAGAGCAGCCGUCCCACGGUGGACGCUUUGAUCCUGUCGUUCUUCGUGUCCGACGAGCACGGCCUCUUGCUCCAGGACAGCUUCCCCCGGCCUCCUGCCUUCCAGACGCUUUUGGGAAUCGAAGUGCCCCAUUAUUACUUCACAAAAAAGCCUGGAGAAGCAGCCAGAGAGGACCCCACGGGUUCCGGGCACCAAAUCCCCGACGUGGUCGGCAGGAGGCCCCUCCGGGACUUCGUGGGGCUGGAGGACUGCGACAAGCCCACUCGAGAUGCCAUGCUCAAUUUCAGCUUCUUUGUCACCAUCGGAGACAUGGAUGAAGCCUUCAAAUCCAUCAAACUCAUCAAAAGGGCCAGCCCCAUCCCAGGCAUGGAACUCGUGCCCGGGUGCAUGUGUGGGAUGAGCGAGCCAGCAGGCCAAAGACCCAGACCAUCUCCUCCUUCUGGAACCGUCCAGGAUCCUCCUGCUGGUGGCCAGCAUCCUGGCUCCCGGGUCGCCCGGCACCGUGCCCUCCUGCUGCCCCUGCCCACCCGCCUCCCACCGCACAGAGGGCCCAGGCUCGGCUUGCAUAACAGCGCGGCCGUCUGGGAGAGCAUGGCCCGCAUGUGCGUGAGGACACAGCGGCUCGACGUGGCCCGGGUGUGCCUGGGCAACAUGGGCCAUGCCCGGGGCGCCCGUGCCCUGCGCCAAGCCGAGCAGGAGCCGGAGCUGGAGGCCCGCGUGGCCGUGCUGGCCAUGCAGCUGGGCAUGCUGGAGGAGGCCGAGCAGCUGUACAAGAGGUGCGGGCGCCACGACCUGCUGAACAAGCUCUACCAGGCCUCCGGCCAGUGGCAGAAGGCAAUAGAGGUGGCCGAGCGGCACGACCGCGUCCACCUGCGCACCACCUACUACAGCUACGCCAAGCACCUGGAGGCGGGUGCUGACUGCGGGCUGGCGCUGAGCUACUACGAGAAGUCAGACACCCACCGCUUCGAGGUGCCCCGCGUGCUGUCGGAGGACCCUCAGGCGCUGGAGCGCUACGUCAACAAGAUGAGGGACAGGUCGCUAUGGAAGUGGUGGGCACAAUACCUGGAGAGCCAGGCCGAGAUGGACGGUGCCCUGCGCUACUACGAGCUGGCGCAGGACCAUUUCUCCCUCGUCCGAAUCCACUGCUUCCAGGGCCACAUUCAGAAGGCCGCGGAGAUCGCCAACGAGACGGGGAACCUGGCGGCAUCCUACCACCUGGCCCAGCAGUACGAGAGCCAGGAGGAGGUGCGGCAGGCAGUGCACUUCUACACGCGGGCGCGCGCCUUCAACAACGCCAUCCGCCUCUGCAAGGAGCACGGCUUGGACGACCAGCUCGUCAACCUGGCCCUGCUGAGCUCGCCCGAGGACAUGAUCGAGGGCGCCCGGUACUACGAGGAGAAGGGGGGGCAGAUGGACCGGGCUGUCCUGCUCUACCACAAGGCCGGCCACUUCUCCAAGGCCCUGGAGCUGGCCUUCGCCACCCAGCAGUUCGGGGCUCUGCAGCUCGUCGCGGAGGACCUGGAUGAGAAGUCAGACCCGGCCCUCCUGGCUCGCUGCUCGGACUUCUUCAUCGAGCACAGCCAGUAUGAGAAGGCAGUGGAGCUGCUGCUCGCCGCCAAGAAGUACCACGAGGCCUUGCAGCUCUGCCUGGAGCAGAACAUGACAAUCACUGAGGAGAUGGCGGAGAGGAUGACUGUGCCCAAGGACUCGGGGGCCCUGACGGAGGAGGCCCGGCGGGAGCUGCUGGAGCAGAUCGCCAGCUGCUGCAUGCGUCAGGGCAACUACCACCUGGCGACCAAGAAGUACACGCAGGCCGGGAACAAGCUGAAGGCCAUGCGCGCCCUGCUGAAGUCUGGGGACACGGAGAAAAUCGUGUUUUUCGCGGGAGUCUCUCGGCAGAAGGAGAUCUACAUCAUGGCUGCUAACUACCUGCAGUCGCUGGACUGGCGGAAGGAGCCUGAGAUCAUGAGGAACGUCAUCAGCUUCUACACCAAGGGCCGCGCCCUGGACCUCCUGGCCAGCUUCUACGACGCCUGCGCCCAGGUGGAGAUCGACGAGUACCAGAACUACGACAAGGCCCACGGGGCGCUGACCGAGGCCUACAAGUGCCUGUCCAAGGCCAAGGCCAAGAGCCCACUGGACCAGGAGACGAAGCUGGCACAGCUGCAGAGCAAGAUGACGCUGGUGAAGCGGUUCCUCCAGGCCCGCAGGGCCUACGCCGAGGACCCCAAGGACGCAGUCAGGCAGUGCGAGCUGCUCCUGGACGAGCCGGAGCUGGACAGCGCUGUCCGCGUCGGCGACGUGUACGGCUUCCUCGUGGAGCACUACCUGCAGCGGGGGGAGCACCAGGCGGCCUACAGGUACCUGGAGGAGAUGCGGAAGCGGCUCCCGCCAGCCACCCUGGCCUACUACGUGGCGCCGCGCACAGUGGAGCUGCUGCACCAGGGCCUGGGGCUGCCCCCGCCGCGCACACCCCAGCUCCCGCGGCACAGCAGCGCUGAGGGCGACAGGGACAGCGCUGAGGAGGUGCCCGAGGAGGUGGGGCCUGAGCCCUGAGCCCCCACAGCCCCUCCUGGACCCCGCCGUGGGCCGGACCGCUCCCGGGAAAGGCCGUGGCCUGGUGGGGUUGGUGUCCGAGGCCACAGCUCAGAUCUGCCUCUUACCCCCACGUCCGGAGGGGGUUCGUGUUUUUAUAUGGUCUGCUCACGGCCCAGGGGUCAUUCAUUGACCACAGGAGCUGGAGCUGCUUCUCCACCAUCUCGGGCUUUCAAGUCUAAGAAACCCCGAGAGCUUCCUGGUAGGGGACUGGGGUCCCCAUUUCAUGCCCCUGCAGCCCCGAGCCCGGGACCUGUCCCUGCUGUGCCUUCGCCGUCAGCUCCCCCCAAGGGGGUGGGCACCUCCACCUCUACCUGAGAAAAUUUCUGCAACUAAAAUAAAAUAAAGUUUAUUUUGUCAG